UUCAUUUGUAGCAGAUAAGUGACUUGAUAUUGCAAAGAGCUGAAAAAGACCAUUUGCUAGAGGAGGAGCCAAGAGAAAGGGUGCUGCAAUGCCGAGUCUCCUGCUUUGGUCUUUGAGCUGCCUGGUCCUUUCUGUUCUGGAAUGCAAGUCUUCUGCUGACAAUGGUACUGUAGUAGUCACCACCAGUGGCCCUAUCCAGGGAAAGCAUCUCCCAGCUGGCUCAAGAGCAGUCACAGCCUAUCUGGGCAUCCCCUAUGCAGAACCCCCUGUGGGGAAACUGCGUUUCCAAAAGCCUGUUCCCCGUAGGCCAUGGACCCACAUUUUGGAAGCCACUAACUUUGGCAAUUCGUGCUCACAAAGACUUAUUUUGGGCAAUCCGUUGAAGGCCAACACCUCCAUUUUGGAGGACUGUCUUUUCCUCAAUGUCUGGGUUCCCCAUCCACGGCCCUCCACACCAGCUGCUAUCCUUGUCUGGAUCUAUGAAAGGGGGGUUUUACCUGGCACAACCGAGAUAAUAUGUGAUGGGGCAUUCUUAGCUGCUACUGAGAAUGUGAUUGUGGUGUCCAUGAAUUACCGCCAGGGACCUCUAGGCUUCCUUUCAUUGCCACCAGCCGCCCCUGGAAACAUGGGCCUGUUGGAUCAGCAACUGGCCCUGAGAUGGACGAAGGAGAAUGCAGCUGCCUUUGGAGGAGACCCUACUCGGAUGACCAUCUUUGGCGAGAGUGCUGGAGGAGCAUCUGUCCACUAUCACCUCCUCUCACCUGGGAGUCAGCCUCUUUUUGACCAGGCUGUGCUGCAGAGUGGGACGGCCAUUACACCCUGGGCUUGGGUGAGCCCUGAGGAGGCCAAGAGGAGAGCACUGGUCCUGGCCCAGCAGAUGGGGUGUACUGAAGAUGAGGACAGUGCCAUAGUGAGCUGCUUGCAGAAAAAACCAAUGGAAAAAUUUCUACUAUACAUGUCCUCAGUUGUAGAUCUCAAGUUUAUUUUUCAUCUUCCCUUCGUACCAACCACAGAUGGAGAUUUUCUUCCUGAUGACCCACAGAAACUAGUGGAGUCCAGGCACUUUCAGACCAAGCCUAUUAUGAUUGGUACCACUUCCGAUGAAGGGUCCCUCUUUGUCUUUCAUGCCGCUCCCUUAUUAUCUACAUCCAGCGAAUGCCUUUUGACCUGGGAGAAAUUCUUGGACGGUUUGAAUAUAAUUGUACGGAAUGCAACCGUUGACUUCAUCCAAGCCAUUGCUCGGAGGUACAGUGAAGCAGAACCAGAGGGCCCAGCACGGUAUCGCUCCGCCUUGUCCCAGGUCUUCGGUGAUUAUUUGUUUGUAUGUCCAGCAAGCGAAGUUGCCACAGAGACUGCAAAGACCGGAAGUCCCGUGUAUGCUUACACUUUCACCCAUCGCAGUACAGGCUUUUUCUGGCCUGAAUGGGUGGGGUCCUUCCAUGGAUCUGAAAUUCCAUACCUUUUUGGAACUCUGACAUUAAUACUGGGAACCAAUGAAAAUCGUACAGAGGCGGAGUUAGCGCUAAUCCCCCAAGUGAUGCAGUACUGGGCAGAGUUUGCCAGAAGCGGCAAUCCCACCCCUUCAGGUGUCAAUGAGACAAAAUGGCCGCUCUACAACCCUGCAGAACAGAACUUCUUUCGCAUCAGCACUGAGCCGCCUCAAGUCAUGAAGCCCUCACCCGCUUGGCACUGCAGUUUCUGGAAGGCGCUCUUAUCACAGACAUCAAGCCUACAUCGGCCUUCAAAUGAUUCCGUACCGUCCAGCCCAGAAGCAAUAUGAAGCAAGAACGCAGAAUUAAGAAAAGUGCAUAUUGAUCGAGAAUGAGAAUCAUGUGUAUUGGGG